GCCCCGCCCCCCCCCGCCCGCUGCAGCGCCGUGCAUGUGCGGCAACAACAUGUCGGCGCCGUUGCCUGCCGUCGUCCCCGCUGCGCGGAAGGCCACUGCCGCAGUCAUAUUUCUUCAUGGAUUGGGCGAUACUGGACAUGGCUGGGCAGAAGCAUUUGCAGGCAUCAGAAGUCCACACGUAAAAUAUAUUUGCCCACAUGCGCCAGUUACUCCCGUUUCUCUAAACAUGAAUAUGGCUAUGCCAUCUUGGUUUGAUAUUUUUGGACUCUCUCCAGAUGCACCAGAAGAUGAACCUGGUAUCAAGCAGGCAACAGAGAAUGUUAAAGCACUGAUAGAUCAAGAAGUGAAAAAUGGAAUUCCUUCCAACAGAAUAAUAGUGGGAGGAUUUUCUCAGGGAGGUGCCUUAUCUUUGUAUACGGCUCUUACAACACAUCAAAAAUUGGCAGGGGUCUUGGCACUCAGCUGUUGGCUUCCAUUACGAACUACUUUUCCGCAGGGCACUAUCAGUGGUGUCAACAAAGAGAUUCCUGUUCUUCAAUGCCAUGGGGACUGUGACCCUCUGGUCCCUCUACUGAUUGGUUCUCUCACUGUUGAGAAGCUAAAAAGUAUGAUAAAUCCAGCCAAUUUAACCUUCAAGACUUACUCAGGCAUGAUGCAUAGUUCAUGCAUUGAGGAGAUGAAGGAUGUAAAGCAGUUCAUAGACAAACACCUACCUCCAGUUGAUUGACAUGAUUUAAGAGGCCUUCUGUAUAAUACACCAGCAUCAGCUGUGGUUGUGUUUAAUAUUUUUCAUGUGCCCAAUUUGAAAGCAUUAUUUCUAUACCUGCUGUGUUACUACCGUAUUGCAAAUGUGUGCCUACAAGAACUAAAUAGUAUAUGCUUACAAGAAAUGGCAAUCUUUCAAGUUUUAAUCAUUCAUUGGUGGGACUACAGAAAAUAAGGCAGCUAGGUAACAUGUUAGGAAGUACCUGACUAUGCUAUUUUAAGACGGAGCUGCUUUUUGAUUGUACAAUUUUUAAAGUAUUUAUAUGGCUACUUAAAAACCCAUUCUGGUUAAAUGAGCAAUUUAUACCUGGCCUGUUUCUUAUAUUUGGGACAUGGUUUAUUCCUGAUUCUUACUGAAUUAGUAAGAAAUUCUGAUACAUGAAAAUAUAUUUGGAUAUUCUGUUUAUGUAUCUGAUGCACAAAAUAUGCAACAUGUAAAACACAGUAGGGGUAUGAUGGGGGAAUAAAUAUUACUGAGUAUAAAGCUUUAGAUGUUAAUGUUUUAAACAUUUACUGCAUGUGAAAAGUUAUCCUCUUAUAUACAAAUAAAUAUGAAUUAGUAACUUCAAGUAUUAUGUUCUGUAUUUAAACCGUAAGAACAUAAGUGCCAUAUUGGGUCAGACAGAUGGUCCAUUUAGCACUGUAUCCUCUGAGAGUGGCAGGAGUAGAUGCUCUAAUCCAACCUAGGUUUUAUUCUUAAAAAUAAUAUCUGAUCA